CAAUUUUAAUUUUAUAUUUGCAUGGCAUCGAGAGAUCCUCAUGUCCGUACGCAUAGCCUCAUUCUUCGUCUUCCUUCUUGUGACCCUUUCACCCUCAUCCUCUAUCUUCACAAAUGUUGUUUCAAUUCUUGAUUGAUUGCUCUCGAAACUGUUAUCAUCCGUUGCAAUUGAUGAACUAAUUCUUGAUUGAUCGAUUGAUUGAUUUCAACCACAAGGGAAAAUGAGCCAGGGGUUGGAUGACGGCGAUGCCGACGCCUUGUCUGCUCUGGCCAACGCUCCUCCUCCUUCCACCGCCGGCAACAGGAAAACACAUUCCCAACAGCUCCGCACAAACACCGGUACCAACUUCAAACGCCACCCAAAACAGAACCACCGCCAGCACAGCCUUGAUGAUGCCCGUAUUAGCGCAGCCAUUGAUGAAUUUGGCAACCACUCCGACGAAGAUGACGACAAUGACUUUUACCCUUACGCCACCUCAUCUUCUUUCUCAGAAUCUUCUCAUUCCGACCCCAACAGCCAAAAUCACUUCUUCCAUGGAAAUAACAACAGUAACAGCCACAACAGCAAUUCGAAUUCGUCAUCCUCCUUCGAAGACCAACACCCUUUGCCGGAAUUUUCAGCAAGCGGAGGUGGAGCCGGAAUCUUCAAAGCUCCUUCUCGAUCCGCUGUUCACCCAGGUCGUCCCACCGCCCUUGAACUCCGACCUCACCCGCUAAAGGAGACUCAAGUUGGAAGAUUCAUCCGGACGAUUGCUUGUACGGAGACACAGUUGUGGGCGGGUCAGGAAUCCGGUGUUAGGUUUUGGAAUUUCUCCGACGCAUUCGAACCAGGGCUCGGAAUCGGCGGUAGAGCUCGACGUGGUGAUGAAGAUGCAGCCCCUUUUUACGAAUCUGCAAAUACACCUCCCACCACAUGUUUGAUGAUUGAUUGUGCUAGUAAAUUGGUUUGGAGUGGACACAAAGAUGGUAAGAUUCGAUCAUGGAAAAUGGAUCAACAGCCCGCCGAUGAUACUCCGUUCAAAGAAGGCCUCUCAUGGCAGGCUAACCAGCGUGGCGCUGUUCUUUCCAUGGUCACUUCUUCUUAUGGUGAUAUAUGGAUGGGGUCUGAAAACGGAGUGAUAAAGGUCUGGCCAUGGGAAGCAGUUGAAAAGUCGCUAGCUUUAUCACCUGAAGAACGUCACAUGGCUGCUUUGCUUGUGGAACGUUCAAGCAUCGACCUUAAAAGCCAAGCCACCAUUAAUGGCGUCUGUCACAUAUCUUCUUCCGAUGUCAAGUUUCUAUUAUCAGAUAAAGUAAAAGCAAAAGUAUGGGCAGCUGGGUCCCUCAGUUUCUCACUCUGGGACGCUCGUACGAGGGAGCUUUUGAAAGUAUACAACGUAGAUGGUCAAAUCGACAACCGAAUUGACUCAUCGGAAAGAGAACAACCACCGGAAGAAGAACCUAGUGUAAGACCCAGUAACUCAAAGUCCAAAAAAGAAAAACAACAAGGAGGUAGUUUUCUACAAAGAUCACGCAACGCCAUCAUCGGAGCUGCAGAUGCAGUCCGGCGAGUUGCAACAAAGGGAACAGGUGCAUUCACAGCUGAAGACGCUAAAAAAACCGAAGCCCUUCUUCUUGCUUACGAUGGAUCCAUCUGGACAGGGUGUUCAAAUGGUUUAAUAGUUCAAUGGGACGCAAAUGGCAACCGUUUACACGAUUUCCAUCACCAUCAUUGCGCUGUUCUCUGUUUCUGCACUUAUGGGCCAAGAAUAUGGGUCGGGUACGUGAGUGGAAUGGUUCAAGUAAUCGAUCUUGAAGGAAACUUGAUUGCUGGGUGGAUUGCGCAUAAUGGACCUGUUAUAAAAAUGGUAGUUGGGAAUGGAUCCGUUUUUAGUUUGGCUACACAUGGUGGUAUACGAGGGUGGUAUAUUUCGUCUCCUGGACCUCUUGAUAAUAUUUUGAGACCGGAGUUAUCGAAAAGAGAACAUAUGUAUACGACACUUGAAACUGUUAGGCUUAUGGUGGGGACAUGGAAUGUUGGUCAAGGGAAACCAUGUCAUGAUGCACUUGUGUCGUGGGUUGGAUCUCAGGCUUCUGAUGUUGACAUUCUUGUUGUUGGUUUGCAAGAAGUGGAUAUGGGUGCAGGGUUUCUUGCAAUGUCUGCUGCAAAAGAAACUUUAGGUGUUGAAGGAAGUUCUAAUGGACAAUGGUGGCAAGAUGCCAUGGGGAAGGCUAUGGGGGAAGGAUCUACUUUUGAACGUGUAGGAUCUAGGCAACUGGCUGGUUUGCUCAUUGCUAUAUGGGUAAGAAAGAGUCUUAGAACACAUGUAGGCGAUCUUGAUGUUGGAGCAGUCGCUUGUGGCCUAGGUCGUGCACUUGGUAAUAAGGGUGGAGUAGGGUUGAGAUUAAGAGUAUACGAUCGAAUAAUGUGCUUUGUAAACUGCCACCUGGCAGCUCAUUUGGAAGCAGUGACUAGGCGCAACCAAGAUUUUGAUCACAUUUACAAAAAUAUCGCGUUUGGACGAACAAGCAAUAACACUUCUGGUAUGGCGAAAUACCUGUUUUUGUGUUGCUCUCUUGCCUUGUCCACAUAUUUAUUUUGGGUUUCUUCUUCCUUUGCCUUCCCAUGGCUGAUCCUCAUUCUUUCAGCUUGUGUGUCUUCUACUGCUCAAUCGCUUCGCCCUACUAACUCUGUGGUUAUAAAUCCGGAUGAGGGGAAGCCUGAUCUAGCAGAAGCUGAUAUGGUUAUCUUUUGUGGCGACUUCAAUUAUCGUCUUUUUGGAAUAACUUAUGAUGAAGCACGCGACUUUGUUUCUCAAAGGAGUUUUGAUUGGCUAAGAGAGAAGGAUCAGCUUAGAGCCGAAAUGAAAGCCGGGAAAGUUUUUCAUGGAAUGAGAGAAGCACUCAUCAGAUUUCCUCCAACUUAUAAGUUUGAAAGAGGAAAACCAGGUUUAGGAGGAUAUGAUUCCGGGGAGAAAAAGCGAAUUCCAGCUUGGUGUGACAGGAUAUUAUAUCGAGACAAUCGAUCUUCUCCAACAUCAGAAUGCAGUUUAGCAUGUCCUGUUGUGGCUUCUAUUUUUCUGUAUGAAGCUUGUAUGGACGUGAUAGAGAGUGAUCACAAACCAGUUCGUUGCAAAUUUAAAGUCCAAGUUGCUCAUGUUGAUAGAUCGGUGCGAAGACAAGAAUUUGGAAAAAUAUUCAAGUCCAACGAAAAAAUAAAAUCAAUACGUGAAGAACUACGUUGCGUUCCCGACACUUCACUUAGUACAAACAAGAUCGUCCUCCAAAAUUCAGACACCCGACCUUUAUCAAUCACCAACAAAAGCACCAAAGAUGAUGCCAUAUUUCAAAUCUUAUGUGAUGGUCACUCCGCCGUUAAAGAUAAUGAAGAGCCUGAGUAUAGACAAAGAGGUUCCUUCGGAUUUCCUCGUUGGCUCGAGGUGGCACCAGCGGUUGGGAUAAUAAAACCUGGAAGCACGGCAGAAAUAUUGGUCCACCAUGAUGACACACAUACCUCGGAUGACGUGGAGGGUGCAGGUCAAAGUUGGAGGUCGGAAGACACACGUGACAGGGUAGCGAUGUUAUCGGUAGUAAUUAGAGGCAGCCGAUCAACUGAAACAAAAAGUCACCAGUGUCAUGUACGCUAUCGCUACUCUCCUAAGGCUAGUAGUAGUGGUAGCAGUGGUAGUGGGCACAUGGAACCACAACCAAAAGGUUAUGGUUCUAAAAAGCAUCCAUCUUCUCAUCACCGGUCUUUUGCUAAACAUGGUGAUGAUCAUCAUCGGAGUAGUAGACAUGAAUGAUUCUUGAAUUAAGCUAGCUAGCUAGUACAGAACAACGCAAAAUAGACGAGCAAGAAUCGAAUGUUACUUGGCUUCUUGAUGUAAAUACGUACGAGUGCCAGAUUCCAAGAUCCUUGAUUGUAUUUAACAAAAUGUUCAUAUGUAUUUUAUUGUUAAAUUUUGUGCAAUAGACAGCUUAAACCAUAAUGUUUCCGUUGAACCAACUGAUUAAUA